AUGGAACUCAUCGCCCCCCCCAUAAUAGAGUGCUUAUUCGAUGAGCCCGCUAAAGUCCGUGAUUAUUGGGACAACAUUCUCCGCGUCCUUUACAAGAUCAAGCCCAACCUAUGUCUUCUUAAUCGUGAUCCUGGAACCGUUGCCUUUGCACUGGUCAAUAUAGGUGAAACCAUCGGAUCAAAGACCAUUGUCGCUCAGAGUGUCGAUCUGGCACUCAGGGAUCUGGGCCAGCGAUUGUUCCUUAUGGUUUCUCAAGACCCUGUUGGCUGGCUUUCCUUUGCAAGUCGUAUCCGCUCCGGGGUCAUCUAUCACGAGGCUCUCGUUCACCUGGUCGGUAAAUGGCAUCAGCUCACCCAACAAGAUCAAAGUCGGGUUGCGUUGCUCCCAGACUACACUACCAAUAUUGUGGGUGCGUCCUUAAAGGAGUUUGACGGCGCCAAAAAGAACGUCGAGGCCCAACUCCUGACAUAUUCUCCUCCUGGUUGGAUGUCUUCCGGCUCCGAAAUAUCCUAUCAAGCUGAUGAUUCCACGCUCAAGAGCGUCGGUAUUUUCUGCCAAUGGUUUGCUCACCAAAUCGCUAAUGGCAACAAUCUUGAUAAUUGCAGUGCAGGGACCAGACUGUAUCGCACCAUAGCUGCCGGCGGAGAUGCAUACCUUGGAGACGAUAGAUUCAACUACCUCCACGGCCUGGCCUCGCAUUGGGGACUUGCAGAAGAAAGCGAAAUCGAAGACAAGCUGAAGCUAAUCAAAGAUGACAUUAAACUGAUUGCUGCGCCUCUUCUGGUGAACGAAAGCCGUUAUGAUCCCCAGCAGUUGGGCCAACUCCCCUACCUCACCUGUAUCAGGAUAGAAGUCGACACCAUCCCCUGGAACGAGUGGGCGGUCGAAGACGGUAACAAUGGUUGGUCGGAUAUCGAAUCCUCAGAUUCUGAAUCAGGCAGUACCGACAGUUGGAUCUCUUUGGUGAACUAUUCAGACGAUGCCAUGAUUGAUGUGCCGGCUGAAACGACGGUUGAACAAUCGAGUAUCCACGGCAUUUUUAUGGCUUGGAAUUCACCAGAAUCGUUGCAGGAGUCUUCUCGCUUUUAUUGA